CCCGUCUCCCCCACGUUUAUAAAGUUGCACUUGUUUUUUUUCAGUCUUCUUUUUUGCUUCCUCGGCUGAUUCUUUGGUUCUCUUUAUCAGUAUACGAUUCUACUCUACUCUCCUCUACAACAACCAAUAUUUAUAACAAAAAACCCAUUGCUUGUGAAAUAAGGAACCAGUUCUUGGCAAAAUGAUGGUGAACGCUUUUGGAAAGACCAACGAACUGAAAAUCGAAGUUCUCAACGAUGUCAUCCAGCUUCGUGGCCAAGCCGACGAAGCGGCAGGCAAAGUGCUGCAGGGAUCAGUCUUGCUCAACCUCGCCGAACCUUUGAAAGUUCGAACGAUCCAACUCAAAUUCACUGGCAAGAUGAAGGUCCAAUGGUCCGAAGGAAUGGGCCAUCACCAGUACUCCCAUAAACAAGAGCGUACGAUUAUUACCCAUAGUUGGCAGUUUGUGCCACCUCACAACGGGCAUUCCAAGAAAUCUCAGCUUUUACCUGCGGGACGACACAAAUGGGAUUUUGAAUUGAUGUUGCCAGGCGAUUUGCCCCAGUCGCUCAAUUCUGAUAUCGGUCGCGUCACGUAUCGUCUCAAAGCCGUCGUGGACCGACCGGCGUUCCAUCAGAAUCUUGUGAAGAAGAGACACAUCCGUAUCAACCGCUGUAUGCUCAAUGAAUUCGAACUGUCUCAGUCGUUGGAAAUUCACAAUACGUGGGCCGACAAAAUGGUGUACGAUAUUUCGCUUCCAACCAAAGUGUACGCUCGAGGCGAAUCGAUCCCCAUCUCAUUCAACAUUCUUCCCAUCGCUAAUAAGCUCAAAGUGCGUUCGAUCAUGGCCACGCUCAAGGAAUACUGUACCUACACCGCAAACGCACACAGCAAAACUGAUAUGCGCAUCAUUCGAUUCCUUCGUCAAGAAGACCCGUUUUCGGAAGCCGUGCUCACUGGGGAGACGUCAUGCUGGACUCGAGUGUUAGACAUGGAUGUGCCUCCGCAAUGUCCUUUAAUCUUUUGCGAUACAGAUAAUGAGAUGAUCAAAAUUCGACACAAGCUCAAGUUUAUCAUUUCACUGGAAAAUGCGGACGGUCACUUGUCGGAAUUGCGUUGUGCGGUGCCUGUGGUGAUCAUUGACUCGCUCAUUCAGCAAAGUGAUCUGCCGACCUACGACGAAGCGUGGCGUUCCGUGCCUUAUGAUCGUGCGGUCUGGGAUGCACUUCGGUCGCAACCGACUCGUCCUCAUCCCGUCUCCAUGGCCAGUGCGGAACGUUUGGUCGAAAGCCGGCAGCCAGUCACAAUUUCCAGUUGGACAAGGUCGCUCUCCGUCACUUCGGGCGCCGUGCAACCGGCCCAACAUUCCAUUUCAGAAUCGGACGAAAGCAAUGUGGACGCUGAGUCUGAAAUGUGGUGGAAUGGCGUCGAUUUGUCCAAGGUGCCCUCUUACCAGUCUGUGAACCACAUGGAUUUAUCCUUGUUGUCCUGCUCUUUACCUCCUGCCUAUGAUUCCUUGUGCACCUGGCCCUCGCGCGGCUGUCGCUAAGCACGACCACUUGGUCUCACUUCUUCCAUGUCACAAAAAUUCCUUCUUACAUAUAUCCCAUAGCUUAGUCAUGUCUUCAUCUCUGCAAGUUCUUUCACGCUAUUUCUAUUUCCAUUUGCAACGUUUACAUUCAUUAGUUCAUUUUGUUUUUCAUCCUAUUCAUAUUUUCUGCCUCUCUUACUGCACUUGGUGCUUUUACAUUCCUCAUUUCAAUAAAUAAGACAUUCUCAACAUA